CACCCGCCCCCCGCUUCAGGAGGGAACUGAGCAUGCGCUCUUUCACCAGGUCGAGAGAGGCGCAUAGCAUUUUGCAGAAAAGGCUGAAAGUGCGUCUGCCGUUCCUACAGAGUCCAAUUCCGAUCUCCCUCGCUACGAGCCUUAGGCUGAACCUUCCCAGGAGUCCCAAAGGCUGCAAGGGAGCCUUGUACGAAUGGAGAUCAAAACCUGACUCCGGCGUUCGGUAAGUGGGCUGGACCGUGUAUGGAGACAAGCAAAACUUCAUCAGGUUCCGAGUCGUGGGAAGGGGGGAGCCCAGGGUCCCAUGUUCCCUGCCGCCCCUGUGCAUGCACGGGCCGGGCAGGGAAGAAAUCAAAGCUUCGGACGCGCUGCGUUGCCUCCAGGAAGAAAAUCAGGAUCGCCAGGCUAAAAGUGGGGAAACUGUUUCCAGGAGAUGCGUGAAUGAAAACAUCAUGUUAAGCUGGUUUAUUGAUUCGGGUAUUAUUCUGUUUGCAUUGAAUGGUGGUUUGUUGAUUGUGAUUUCUCAGGUACCUAUAGCGGUUUGGGCAAGGAGGUUAAUGGGGUUCUGCUGGCUAAAGUUUUAUGAGAAAUUCAAAUAUUGAUUGAUUUACCUAUUAAAUCGAUUUAGAAAGCCACUCAUCUCAAUGGCUGUUUGUGACCAGAGACGUCUAUGACCUGGAUUGUACAGAGGUUGGUUUUCAAGCUGAAAGCAGCCAUCAGAAUUAUUUGAAUAAAUAAGUAGGAUUUAGAAAUCAAAAACAUAUUUUAAACUUAUGUAUCCAGAAUGUUUAGUCCUUGAUAGAAGUUGAUCCAUCAGCUUACUACAGAAUUUUUUUCCACACACAGGUAGGUUGACCUAACUAAUAUUUUCCCCCUCUUCCCAGAUAUUGGUGGGUUGAUAAGAAUUUCUUCUUUCAGUUUUUGUGUGUGCUCAGUUGUUAAGUUGGUCAACCUGUAUUUUUGGAUUUUUUUUUUCUUUUCCAUUUCAGAUAUAUAAGUUGGAAAUCUUUCCUGGUUCUUUUGUAGUUCUAAGCAUCUUGUAUGGGAAGAGGGCUGAAUGGCCUUUAGGAGAUUUGGCCAGAUUUCUUGUGAUUAGUAAGACCUGUGGAGAUCCAUCAGUCCAAUUUGGAGCUGGACUAGAGACCAGAGAGAAGAUGGAGGGACAACGCCCAGCUGGAAAAAACCCUGGAGCUGCUCAGUCUUGGAGCUUUGAGAUGAAUGGGGCAAGUCCUGGGCAGAAGAGCCAAGAAGAGGAAACCAACAGUUCAGAGGUCCAAUGCUGUCACUUCAGAAAAGUGCAGUUCCAGGAGGGGAGGGGUCCCCGAGAUAUUUGCAGUCAGCUUCACCGCCUUUGCUAUCAGUGGCUGCAGCCAGAAAGACACACAAAGGCCCAGAUGCUGGACCUGGUACUCCUGGAGCAGUUCCUGGCUGUCCUUUCACCAGAAAUUGAGAAAUGGGUGUGCGAGUGUGGAGCAGAGACCAGUUCCCAGGUGGUGGCCCUGGCCGAAGGCUUCUUGCUGAAUCAGGAGGAAGAAAAAAUUCAAGAAGAGUUGCAGAAAUCCUUGGAAGCUACGACUGAGUAUCCCAAGGGGGGAGAAGAUUCAUCCAAACCCUCUCAAGAGCUGCUGUUCGGGGAGAACUUCCAGAAAGGUCAAAGUCAGGACAUCAUGCCAGAGAGUAGAAAGCUGUCCUUGGAAUUUGUAGAGUCACCUCCUCUUUGUGGUGGAGCUGAAGGAUUGGCUGAACCUCUACUUCCGAUAAGGAGGAGAAAACUCAGAAAAGGAUGUUGUGUCUUUUGAGGAAGUGGCCGUGUAUUUCUCCAAGGAGGAGUGGUCCCAGCUGGACCCUGCCCCAAAAGCACUCCACGGAGAAGUCAUGCUGGAGAAUUCCAGGAAUCUGGCUUCUCUGGGCUUUAAUGAGAAAGAGAAUAA